CAUAUGCCAUAGACCCAUUCCACCCAGAAACAUCCCCCAGAUCGACCCCCUCCCCGCUCCCCUCGCUAAAGGCGAAAUCCCCCGGCGCAGACGCACGCGCACCAGACCUCUUCCCCCAUCUCCCUCCCGAAUCCCCUCCCCCAAGCAAAGCGAUCUCCGGCGAAUCGGAAGGCGAGAGGUCCGGCCGCGCGAUGGCGCUGGAGUGGGUGGUGCUGGGGUACGCGGCGGGCGCGGAGGCCAUCAUGCUGCUGCUGCUGACGCUGCCGGGUCUGGACGCGCUCCGGCGCGGGAUGAUCUCCGUCGUGCGGAGCGCGCUCAAGCCCAUGAUGUCGGUGGUGCCCUUCUGCCUCUUCCUGCUCAUGGACAUCUACUGGAAGUACGAGAUGCGGCCCACCUGCGACGACGAGCACGCCUGCACCCCCUCCGAGCACCUCCGCCACCAGAAGUCCAUCAUGAAGUCCCAGCGCAACGCCCUCCUCAUCGCCGCCGCGCUGCUCCUCUACUGGAUCCUCUUCUCCGUCACCUCCCUCGUCGUCAAGCUCGACCACCUCCAGCAGCGCGUCGACAAGCUCAAGAAGCGCGACGACUGAUCUCGUACCCCUGCCCUCCCGUCGCGUCACCGCCCCGGCCGACGGUGUCGUUGCUCCGUCUCCUCCCGCGUUUAUGUUCCUAGAUACACCCUGUGAUGCAUGUGUUUCGUGUCCUUCUUCCUUUCUAGUGUGGAUGUUUGAGAUCGUGAUCCGGAUUUCGCUAGCGCUCGGUUAUCUGCUUCAGAUCUAGUUCGAGUAAAAUAGGUCUUUAUGCGAUAAAGAUCAUAAUGAACACUGUUCCUACAAAAUCUUGUUCCGAAUGUGACUCAGAACCAUAAAUUUGGAUAGCCAUGCUGGAAUCAUGCUUUUCUUUAA